UCUCCACAUCAGCUUCAGCUUCAGCCACAAUGUCCUCCCGUGUCUUCACGUACCUCACGGAUUCACGGGGUCUCCUGGCCUGUUCUCUGUCCCUUUCUUGGCUCACACGUCGGAUCUCCACAUCAGCUUCAGCUACAAUGUCCUCCCUUAUCCGUUCCUUCCUUAUGGAUUCACGGGGUCUCCUGGCUUCCUCUUGUCUCUCCCGUUCCCCGGAGACACGUCGGAUCUCCACGUCUGCUUCAGCUUCAGCCACAAUGUCCUCCCGUGUCUUCACAUACCUCACGGAUUCACGGGGUCUCCUGGCCUGUUCUCUGUCCCUUUCUUGGGUCACACGGCGGAUCUCCACAUCAGCUUCAGCUUCAGCUACAAUGUCCUCCCUUAUCCGUUCGCUCCUUAUGGAUUCAUGGGGUCUCCUUGCCUCCUCUUGUCUCUCCAGUUCCCGAGAAACACGACGGAUCUCCACGUCUGCUUCAGCUUCAGCCACAAUGUCCUCCCGUGUCCGUUCGUUCCUUAUGGAUUCACGGGGUCUCCUUGCCUCCUCUUGUCUCUCCCGUUCCCUGGAAACACGGCGAAUCUCCACGUCUGCUUCAGCUUCAGCCACAAUGUCCUCCCGUGUCUUCACGUACCUACCUAUUUCACGGGGUCUCCUGGUCUGUUCUCUGUCCCUUUCUUGGGUCACACGGCGGAUCUCCACAUCAGCUUCAGCUUCAGCUACAAUAUCCUCCAGUAUACGCUCAGUCCUCCUCACUGAUUCACGGGGUCUCCUGGCUUCGGCGUCUCUCUUGCGUUCCUGGGUCACACGGCGGAUCUCCACAUCAGCUUCAGCUUCAGCCACAAUGUCCUCCCGUGUCUUCACGUACCUCACGGAUUCACGGGGACUCCCGUCCUCUUCCCAUUGCUUUUCUUGGGUCACACGUCGGAUCUCCACAUCAGCUUCAGCUUCAGCUACAAUGUCCUCCCGUGUCCGUUCGUUCCUUAUGGAUUCACGGGGUCUCCUUGCCUCCUCUUGUCUCUCCUGUUCCCGGGAAACACGACGGAUCUCCACAUCAGCUUCAGCUUCAGCUACUAUGUCCUCCCGUGUCUUCACGUACCUCACGGAUUCACAGGGUCUCCUGGCCUGUUCUCUGUCCCUUUCUUGGGUCACACGGCGGAUCUCCACAUCAGCUUCAGCUACAAUGUCCUCCCGUGUCCGUUCGUUCCUUAUGGAUUCACGGGGUCUCCUUGCCUCCUCUUGUCUCUCCCGUUCCCGAGAAACACGACGGAUCUCCACAUCAGCUUCAGCUUCAGCUACAAUGUCCUCCCGUGUCUUCACCUUCAGCCACAAUGUCCUCCCGUGUCUUCACGUACCUGCCUGUUUCACGGGGUCUCCUGGCCUGUUCUCUGUCCCUUUCUUGGGUCACACGGCGGAUCUCCACAUCAGCUUCAGCUUCAGCUACAAUAUCCUCCAGUAUACGCUCAGUCCUCCUCACUGA